CGGUGCUUCGCUGUUUGAACAGGAAAUAUAUCUUGUUUAACCUAUUUUGAUUGUUAAAUAUGAUCACAAUGAUUGGGAUCAAACAGUAAAUUCAGCUGCAAACCAUGUCAGUGAUGAUUGUCGGAGCUCUCCGAGAUUUUAAAACAACCUGAGAAAGUUGAAUUUGAGCAGGAUACUUUUACAAUUGAUCAGGGAUAAAUCUGUCAAUCAUAAUCUUGCAAUAAACUUUGAUUGCACAGAGACUGAUCCGGCUGUCUCCUCUUCACCGAGUGAAAGAGGACAGAAGAAGGUGACUCUUACUGGACUUUACAUGUCAGUAACUUCAAGUCGCUGUCUUGGUGAGGACACAGAGAGCAGACGAUGAUGAGGCUGGUCUGUUGCUGCAGUGCUCUGCUGCUGCUCGUUCUCACUCCCAGAGUCUGUCAGGGUGGAAACAUCCUGGUACUUCCUGCAGAAGGCAGUCACUGGGUCAACAUGGAUAUUGUGCUUCAAGCUUUGCACUCCAGAGGUCACAGUCUGACAGUUGUGCGCUCCAACAAAAGCUGGUACAUCAAAGAAAAGGCCCCCCACUACAAUACCAUCACUGUUCAAGUGGAGAGAAGUAUAGAUGAGUCGUUCGUUGCACCACUUGUGUCAGAGGGACUUGCAUUUGAACGCGGAGCUAUUCCUUUGACUCAUUUCCUCUACACGACUUUUGGCAUGCUUGGUGUAUUUCGUGAAGCUCAUGAAAUUGUGGGUGAGUUUGCAUCAGCAUUGCUGGACAACACAGAGUUAGUAACAUGGAUCAAAGACAGCAAAUUUGAUCUUCUGCUCACUGAUCCCUGCUGGGGUGGUGGAGCCAUUGUGGCCAAAUAUUUCAACCUUCCAUUAGUUUAUAAUGUCCGCUGGUUAAUAGCUGUAGAGGCUCAUCUUGCUAUUGCCCCUUCACCUUUAUCCUAUAUCCCUAUAACAGGAUCUGGUAACACUGACAAGAUGAGCUUUCGGCAGAGAGUUAAAAACAUGAUGCUACACAUAUUCAGUCAGGUACAAAAUAACAUAGCAAGCGGAGACAUAUAUCAGAAGGUGUGUGAGAAAUAUCUUGGGCCUGACUGUGACUACUAUCAGUUAAUGAUUGAUGCGGACAUUUGGCUGAUGAGAACGGACUUCGUGUUUGAAUAUCCCCGCCCCACCAUGCCUAACGUCAUCUACAUGGGGGGGUUUCAGUGUAAACCUGCCAAACCUCUGCCUCAACAUUUGGAGGACUUUGUGCAGAGUUCUGGAGAUCAUGGAUUCAUCAUCAUGUCUCUGGGAACUUUUGUGAGUGAACUUCCUGCUGAUUUAGCAAAUGAGAUUGCUGCAACUUUUGCUAAACUGCCACAGAAAGUCAUCUGGAGGUAUAAAGGAGAGAAACCAGACACUCUGGGUAACAACACUUUACUGGUGGACUGGAUGCCACAGAAUGACCUUUUGGGACACCCGAAGAUCAAACUGUUUGUUGCUCAUGGAGGAACAAAUGGAAUCCAAGAAGCAUUGUAUCACGGAGUGCCGGUUGUGGGCAUUCCUCUGUUUUUUGACCAAUAUGACAACAUUCUCCGUCUGGCAGACAGAGGAGGAGCUAAGAUUCUUUCAGUAGCUACAAUGGACAAAGAUGACAACUUCCUGAAGGCCAUUAGGGAGGUCCUGACUGAGCCCUCCUACAGGAACAACAUGCAGAGACUCUCCAGGCUGCACAGGGAUCAGCCACUGCCACCGAUGGAUAACGCCCUCUUCUGGGUGGAGUUUGUCAUGAGACACAAAGGUGCAGCUCACCUUAAAGCUCAGGGCAACAGGAUGCCCUGGUACUCCUACCACUCUGUAGAUGUCGCUCUGUUCCUGGUUGGAGCUCUCAUGCUCCUGCUGUUCACUGUUUUCUUGUUGUUGAGGUGUUUAUGUGCUGCUGUGUGUAAGCGUAAAGCAAAACGUGAUUGAGAAUCAUGAAUAUACAUCAUGUCGGGUCACUU